UGAAAGGGAGGACGCUAAUAUCCUAAUACAGGCGACGAAACGGGAGCCCAUCUGCACAGGACGAUUGCCCUAUGGGUUGGACCCGAUCGAAUUUGUAAUUCGGCACUUCAUACACCUCCCUGGCACUAAAUAUAGACAACAGAUGGCAUAUCACCGUCGUAAUUCUCGCAGGUUGUUUUAGUUACGUUUUCAGCCUUGUUUGGCCACUGGUAAUUACGAUUCAAGGGGGCCAGGAACUGGAAGCCGGUGUUAUUUCAUUACGAGGCGCCGUAGAAGCGUUAAGAGGACUUUUUCCACCAUCGAGCCGGGCGUAAUUAAUUUACUUUAAAACGCGGUUGAAGAUGUCACCACUCAGAAUUUAAUCCUUUUCUUAUUCUCCUAAAGCGCAACUUGAACUUGAGUUCGCAUGUUCCGUCCGAUUAGUCAGGCCUCAUCCAAAAGAUAAACAAGUAUUCAGCACUUGACACCGAACUUGUAUUGUUAUCUAGGUCCACCAACAAAGAUUCGAGGUUGAGCUUGUCGCUUGUCGCUUCUGUGCCGGAAUAGGAAACAAUUCGCGCCACUUGGGCACAAAGCAUACCAACCACACACUACAAACGAGAUGGUGGGCGUUCCGGGGAGAUCCAAGAGCUGCGGCACUUGCAGAAUUCGUAAAAAGGGCGGCUGCGACGAAAAACGCCCAGCAUGUGGGCAGUGCAUCAAGCUACGACUGAAGUGCGAUGGAUAUGAGCGCGAGCUGCGCUUUAUCAACUUCAGCACUCAGCCUCGUAAGGCUGGUCGAAAGAAUCCAACCUCGGCCCAGAUUGCCCUACCAGUGCCGCUGGCGCGGGCAGCAUAUGCAGAGAAGUAUCUUGGUAUCUUCUGGAGUACUUAUCUUCCCACAGAUAAGCACUUCCCUGCGCAAAUGAUGAUGUACGUCAGUGGCGGUUGGACAAAUUCGCUGCCCCAGCUUUAUCUUAACUCGACGGAUAUUCAAAAGAUACUACUUGCCAUAUGUCUAUCCACUGCAGGGCGGAUAACAAACAACCGAUGGGAAAAAGAGGAGGGUCUCAGGUACUAUAUGGAAUCGCUCAGUGAAAUGUCUGCUGCCCUUGCCAACCGGACGCGAGGAAGCAUCGUUACUUUAUGUGUCAUGUCCAGGUUGUAUAGUCUCUAUGAGGUAUUCUUCGGGCAGGAUGACGAGGACAGGAUAGCCCAGGCUCGUAAUUGGCGAAACCAUAUCAACGGAGAGCUCGCUAUUGUGACCUCUCAGCCACCGGAAACAUAUAUCUCGGGAUAUUUGCACCAGUUCUUUGUGGACGGAAGACUUCAUCUUACAACUAGCGCCGUUCAGGCCCGCAAGCGGAUUAUUUUAAGCAAUCCGGAAUGGAAAAAUAUUCCGUGGAGUGAGAUACCUAAAACGCCAAAAGAUCGCCUAAUCGAUAUUCUAGUUGAGAUGCCAACGUUGCUCGAAAACCUGGAUAUAUCGCGAGCCUGCUCAGAUCCGGAAAUCCAGGAAUUCCAACGGCUGGAUCUGCUUCAAACUUGCUGGGAAUUAGAGAAAGAGCUUAUAAACUGGUGUAUGGAGUUGGGGAUUACCGACCCGACCUAUAGCCUUGACGCAGGACAAUCGCCAUUUUCGCUCGAUUACCUUGCGGCAUGCCACAUCAUGUGUCUCUACUGGGCCAUCUGCAUCAUUCUAUACAGCUCACUUCGGAUUCUGUCCUGUCCCCAGGUAGUUCUCCCGCCACAGACAGAUCCGAGGAUAUAUUGUGGGAGGAUCGCGAAGGCUAUGCCCCUACUCUUACAUCCGCUAUCUGGCGCGUACGGGGUGCACCUGGCAAGCUUUCCUGUUGCCAUUGCCCUGAUGUACCUCAACGCUGUCGAUGGGGAGGCAAUAUAUGAAGAGAAGCGUACAAUAUUUGAUGCGUUUGCAAGGUCUGGUUAUGGGAAAACUGUUGAGCGUUUUAAUCAGAGCAUGCGACGCCAGGAUGCCAGGUCCCCUCGGGUCGCUAAUAUGGAUGGGCCGAAAGCGGUACCAGCGCAAGCUAAGUCCUGGUUUGGGGUCGAGGGGGAGGAGUUGUGAAGAUACAUUCAAAUUCCCACAUCUUUAUUUGCCUUGCCGUCAAUCUGUUUAUUUAUAUGUUCUUCCUCAUGUUUACCUGCAUUGCGCUGUGUCUUGUCAAGGAUGAUUGUUGCACUGACCCGCUUCUCCACAUUGAGAUUUUUACCUGCUUUUGAAUCUGCGUCUUCUUCUGACAGCGUUUCUAGUUGAAUCUCUAAUAUAUCCGUCUAGUUAUUCUCUGAUCGAUCGACAUUGCUUUGAAGGAGUUUCUCAUCUGUUUAGUAUGUGUGGACUACUAUGGCUCUUUAUUCUUUCGUUCUCUCUUUCUCUUCGUUUUUCUCUCUCCUGGAAAGAUCAACGGUUGAGUAUAGGAACUUCGAUUGAGUAAGUUAGUGUCCAGCUGUUGCAACCAGCACAAGUAUUUUGAUAUGUUCAAGAUCUGAAGAAAAAAGUAAUACUGAACCUCAAGUCCAUCGGCUACUAGUCUCAAAAGGGAAUUUUCAGCCUCAGCCCUGAAUGUGGGGACACUAGUUAUUAUUAUAUAAAUAGAAAUUUUAUGCCAAACUUCAUUAUCA